AUGCAAACCGCUCCGGCGCGGGAGAGUCCGUCCGGCUCCAAGGACACCGUGCGAGAGAGUGUGCCGGAGUUGUUGUGCCUUUUUGUGAAAGGCUCUCACGUGGACGAGGCCAGCGUCUCACACUUUACGCGCGGUUCCUUCCACUUGAAGAUGGCAGACUUUCGACGCUGUUUCGUGCCUCGGUGCCUCUUUUUCGUCCUUUUCGGCGUCUUCUUCCUUGCCACCCGAGGCGUCGCAGGCGUUCGCUGGCCGUCGUCGGUACAGCGGGAAGAGGCGCGCGCGCUGCGGCCACACGCGCCGCAGGCCGGCGGCGGAAGGUUGUUCCUGACAAACCCGCCUGCGGAGACGGGUGCUUCCCUUCCCCUUGGGGUGAUGUCGCAAGUGCCAGGCGCUUCGACGUCUUUGCUCUCUUCCGUGCCGUACACCUUCGAGGGCGCAUCCAGUCCGACGCCAGGUCCGACGCCAGGUCCGACGCCAGGUCCGACGCCAGGUCCGACGCCAGGUCCGACGCCAGGUCCGACGUCAGGUCCGACGCCAGGUCCGACGUCAGGUCCGACGCCAGGUCCGACGCCAGGUCCGACGUCAGGUCCGACGCCAGGUGCGACGCUUGGCCUUUCAGAUCAGAGUGCUCAAGCGCUCCAGGCUGCGCCUCCAAAUACACCUGCCUCUAGCGUCUCACCGACGUCGAUUGCCCCCGGAAGUAACGUCGAUGUUCGCUUCCCUCUCGCCGCACGCUCCCUCUCGGACAUCAACAACCGCGCCGAGGCCGUGUCGGUCCCUGCAGGCUACGGCGUCCCGUCGACUGCACUUCCUCCUGCAACUGCGCCUACACCCCAUCUGGCCCUUCCAGCGGGAACUGCCGCGCUCGGCGCCGCAGCGCUCACUCAGCCCCUCCCUGCGUCGCCGGUUGCUGCUCAGCCCACGCUCGCUCCCCUCCCCGGCCUUUCUCCGGCCCCAGCGCAACUUACGCCGGUAGUCCAGGCGGUCCCUGACCAGGUGAGCCUGCAGAGCGUACCCGCUCUUGCUGCGCUGCCGAGUUCAAACAGUGCCGUGCACGCGUCUCCCCAGCCGGGAGCAGCGGGCGCCUCAGCACAGAUCGCUGGUCCUGCGUCUUCUAUUCCCGCACCAGCUGCAACAACCGUGCCCGCUCUUCCGCUGGUUGCGACGGAUCCGGCGCCCCCCGCGGAAGCCAGAGCACAGAGCAUCUCUGUAGCUUCUGGCGUGGCUCUCUCGCGAGCUUCGCCUGCGACGCCGGCGACUACGGGGCAGUGGAGUGCACCUGCCUCGAGUGCACAGGCCGAACCAGGUGUACAGACAGUGGCAGUGGAGCCUGUCUCGCAUCGGCAAGUUCCGACAGCUGAGGGCGUGCAGUUAGGAAGGAACACUACCCAGCAGCCUGUUCGGAAAGUGGAGGCCAGGCGCGACGUAUCCGGACACACGGACGCACGAGAGACACGGACUGACCGCUAUUUGACGCCGCGAGGGUCGCCCACGAUUCCCGUCGUUGCGGAAUCCGUUCCGGCCCCAGAUGUGGAAAUUGUGGGACAUGAGGAACAGGACUCUGCGUCGUGCAUCAAUCGAUGCGACUGCGUCCCAAUUAUUCUCGGUGGCGUUACCAGCUUUGUCACCUGCGCGAUCGCCGUCCUCGUCGCUGCAGUGUUGAUGUCCCAUGUUUUCUCCAAGGGAUUCUUUUCCUCCAUGUUCUUCCGAGGAGGCGGCUUCGCCCUUCUCCUCUCUUCUGGGCUCGGGUUGCUUGUCGGAGGCUUGACGGGCGGCCUCGUGCGGAGUUGCUGGCCAGGCGCGCUCUACCUCGGAGGAGGCCUGAUGGCUUUCGCGGCGUCUGUCGUUCUCCUCGGCAAGCGAGGGGCUGGAGUCGGCGCUCUCGGUGGAUUACUAACGGGAGCGUCGAUUGGCGCACUCAUCAGUCCUGGGGGUCUAUCGAUAUCCCUGGGCUCCGUCGUUGGAUUUCUCCUCGGAAUCGUCGUCGGAUUCGCUCCCAUUUUCCGCGAACUGAAAAUGAAUAGUCGAUACAUCCGAUAUGGCCUCGAGAGCAGACAGCAAUCCAUGAACGCGCGAAUGACAAGUGGCGCAGACGCGUUCCGCUCGGAGAGUCUUCAAGGACGGCAGCGCCUGCCUUUCCGGAUGUUUUCUUCUCCAACGAAGCCGGCCUCGGUGCGAAGCGGAGGCUCUUUGGUGUCCGAAAGCGAACCGGAGAAUCGGCGAGCAGACUCCCUCCCUCCAACGUCGUCGCUGUCCCCCCGCUUGUAA